AUGGCCGGAAACCAGGCGAACGACGGUGGCGAACCGUCGAAGGUGAGGCGCAGCAUCGGCGAAUGGGAGGCCUCAGGAAAACAAAAACAGGGGCAGAGCCCCACAGCGGCCCCCCCGCCGGCCAAGGAAGCCUUGGAGGCCCCUGGCAAAGACCUCCUAAGACUGACAAGUCCUCAAGGGCAACGAGUUGCACAAGUAAAAGUUGGAGAGGCAAAAACCUCACCAAUCACCUGCAUAAAAACCGCCGAGGCCAGGAGACUAAUGGAAAAAGCGAAAAACCAAUUAGACCUUUCCGGCAACAUUAAAAAGGAAAUGAAGGCCUCGGUGAAAGAAAUUAUUGAAAAACUCUACAAGAUGGUGAAGGACUUGGAACUCGAGAAAAAACGCCUAGAGAUGCCUCGACUCAGUUCAGCAACAACCCCAAAGCUGACCAACACAGCAAACACCACAUUCACAGUCACUCCGGAGCCGGACCAAUGCUUUCCUAAGAACAUUCUGACAAAGCUGGAAGAGCAAACCAAGCUCAUAGAAGAGAACGGCAAAAAAAUGGACGAGCUGAGGGCCUCGAUGGAGACCCAAAAGGAGACCCUUGGGAGGAUGGCGACGACCGCGACAUACGCAAGCGUAGCGGCGGCGUCCCCAAACUCGGCACCCGGUGCAGGACCGACCUUGAGAAGAGGUACCCUGCACUCAGUGGUCGUUACCUCCAAGGAUGAAACUGAAACGGGAGACGAGGUCCUCGACAAGAUUAGGAAAGCGGUAGAUGCGAAGGAUGGGUGGAUUACGGUGGAAAGAGUCAAAAAAGCGAAAGACAGAAAAGUCGUAAUGGGGCUGGCUACUAGAGAGGAAAGGGAAAAGAUCAAGGACAGGCUAGCAAAAGAAGUAACCAAUCUCAUCGUCGAGGACGUGAAGAAUAAGGACCCACUACUCAUCCUUAGGAGCGUGCUCUCCAUAAACACGGAUGAGGACGUCCUAAAGGCACUGAGAAACCAAAAUAGGGAUAUCUUCCGUGACCUUGGCGAAGAGGAAGACCGAGUGUCAAUCAAAUACCGAAAAAGGGCCAGAAACCCUCAUACAGGACAUAUAGUGAUCAGCGUCUCUCCCAUUAUCUAUCAGAGAGCAAUAAAUAGGGGAAAUGUCCACAUAGACCUCCAAAGAAUCAAAGUGGAGGACCAGUCCCCGCUGGUGCAGUGCACCCGCUGCCUGGGAUUUGGUCACGGCAAACGCUUUUGCACAGAACAAACCGAUCUGUGUGGCCAUUGUGGAGGACCCCACUUAAAAACCGAGUGCGAAGAAUGGCUUGCCAAAAUACCACCCCGAUGCCACAACUGUUUCGAGCAACAGUGGCUUACCACUGCUGAGGGCACCAAAAAGGUACAAACGCCCUACCGGGUAGCGCAAGCAAACCUCCAGAGAAAGAAACUGGCCACAGAUGAGUUACUUGUGGAGGCGGAAAGGCGGAAAAUCGCCCUUGCGCUCCUACAGGAACCCUACGUGGGGGCCAGUAAAGAAAUGAGGAGCCACAGAGGAGUGAGAAUCUACCAGAGUGACGGCACUGAAGAGGGUGUUGUAAAGGCAGCAAUAGCCAUAUUCGAUGACGAUCUCAAUGUUGAACAAUACCCAAAACUCACCACAAACAACAUCGUGGUGGUGGGGAUCAGCACCGUCGCUUGGAGGAUUACACUCGUGUCCAUUUAUUUUGAGCCAGACCAGCCCAUUGAACCCUACUUGGAGCACUUAUCCAAAAUAAGAAAAGAAAUAGACUCUAAUAAAUGGAUCAUAGGAGGUGAUGCCAACGCUAAAAGUGUAUGGUGGGGUAGCCCACAGACGGAUCAUAGGGGUGAAGACCUGAUGGGAACCCUCAAUGAGCUCAACCUGAACGUGCUCAAUAUGGGAAACAUACCGACUUUCGAUACUGUGAGGGGUGACAGGCGCUUCAGCAGCUUCGUUGACAUAACAGCCUGCUCAACGGAGAUGCUGGACCUAGUAGAUGAUUGGAAGGUCGACGAGGGACUCACGAGUUCGGACCACAAUGGGAUUCUUUUUAAAAUUCAACUCAAAAAAUCAACAGGUAUCAAAAUACAAAGAACCACCAGAUUAUAUAACACAAAAAAAGCAAAUUGGACCGAUUUUCAUGAGAAACUCGGACAAUUAUUGCAAGAAAAUCACCUAACAAAACCAGAAAUAGAACAAAUAGAAACGAAGGAAAAAAUUGAAGAAAUAGUAAAUAAAUUAACGCAAGUAAUAACAGAAAUAUGUAAAAAAUCCAUCCCAAAAAAGAAAAAUAAAGAGAAUCUCAAAUUACCAUGGUGGUCGCCUGAACUCGAAGAGAUGAAACAAAUAGUCACUACUAGAAAGCGCAGAAUCCGCUGUGCAGCCCCAGUAAGACGAGAGAGGGUCGUGAAAGAGUACCUUGAAGCAAAGGAACAAUAUGAAAGUCGAGCAGUAAAAGCCCAAGUCGAGAGUUGGAAAGACUUUUGUAAAAAGCAGGAUAAGGAAGGGCUUUGGGAGGGUAUAUAUAGGGUUAUAGGCAGAGUCACAAAAAGAGUGGAGGACGUACCCCUGGAGAAAAAUGGCGAAACCCUUAGCGCUAAAGAGUCGGUGAAGCUGCUGGCGGAGACCUUUUACCCAGAGGACUCUGCCAGUAGUGAUGACGCCCACCACAGACAAACCCGUAAGAGAGCGGCCGAAGUGAACGAUGGCGAACAAAAUGAAACUUGUGAACCACCCUUCACGAUGGCUGAACUGAUAUGGUCGUGCGAGUCGUUUAACCCGAAAAAGGCACCAGGCGCGGAGGGUUUCACGGCCGAUAUAUGCUGCCACGCCAUUCGAGUAAACCCUGAAUUGUUCCUCACCCUACUAAACAAAUGCCUCAAGUACCGAUACUUCCCUAAGAUCUGGAAGGAGGCCACGGUGGUCGUCCUCAGGAAACCGGGAAAGGACAACUAUGCAAACCCCAAGUCAUAUAGGCCGAUAGGAUUGCUGCCAAUCUUCGGAAAGAUCUUAGAGAAGAUGCUGGUUGCCAGGCUAAAGUCCCACCUAAUACCGAGGACCAGUGCCUGCCAAUACGGAUUCAUGCCGCAGCGCAGCACCGAGGACUCCCUCUAUACCCUUAUGCAGAGAAUUAACAAAAAACUAGGUGAAAAAAGGAUCGUCACGCUGAUCUCACUGGAUAUAGAGGGGGCCUUCGACAGCGCAUGGUGGCCUGCCAUCAGAGUCCGGCUGGCCGAGGAAAACUGCCCCGUUGGUCUGAGACAAAUGAUGGACAGUUACCUAAAGGACAGAAGCGUCACGGUGCGGUAUGCGGGUGAACAGUAUGGACUGGAGACCAGCAAAGGCUGUGUACAAGGGUCAAUAGCGGGUCCCAUCCUCUGGAAUCUACUGCUGGACCCACUCCUCAAAAGUCUCCAAGCCAGGGGCGACUACUGCCAGGCGUUCGCGGACGACGUGGCACUUGUGGUGGAUGGAAGCACCGCAAUGGAAAUUGAGGCCAAGGCCAACUCUGCUCUCGAACAUGCCCGGGAAUGGGGCGUCAGGAACAAAUUGAAGUUCGCACCGCACAAGACCAAUGCAAUGCUUAUUACACGAAAACUAAAGUACGACACCCCACGCCUGUGCAUGGGCGGGAUUAAUAUAGGGAUGGUCAAGGAAAUAAAAAUGUUAGGUGUUGUCAUCGACAACAAGCUCACUUUCAACGAACACGUCUCGAACGUCUGCAAAAAGGCAGUGGGUAUCCACAAGCAGCUCUCCAGAGCGGCAAAGGCAAGCUGGGGACUUCACCCCGAGGUUAUUAAGACCAUAUAUGUAGCGACAGUGGAGCCAAUAGUCCUGUACGCCGCAAGUGUAUGGGCCCCGGCCGCAACAAAAAUAAGUGUCCAGAAGCAGCUAGCAGCGGUCCAACGAGGAAUAGCACAGAAACUGUGCAAAGCGUACCGCACAGUCUCCCUCAACUCUGCGCUCAUCCUGGCCGGGAUUCUCCCACUCGACCUCAGAGUUCGAGAGGCGGCCUCGCUAUACGAAGCCAAAAGAGGUGUCCCCCAGCCGGGAUUGGGCGACUGGGAAGUGGAGAGAAUGGCUCCAGCCGCAGAAAUGCCACACCCCGCAGAACGCCAGGAGCUGAAACUAAUAAGCCUCGUUGACCAAAAUGAUGUCAACAAUCAUAGUAACUAUGAAGUGCGAAUUUACACGGACGGUAGUAAGAUAGGAGGUGGAGUCGGAGCCUCACUGUCUAUAUGGCGGGGGGAAGCCGAGAUAAAAGCCCGGAAACUAGCUCUACCUAAGUUCUGCACUGUCUACCAGGCGGAGCUUCUCGCAAUCUGUGUGGCAACAAGAGAAGUCAAGAACAGUAAAGCAAAUACGUUCGGGAUCUACAGCGACUCCAUGGCAGCCCUUCAAACCAUCCAGAACUACAGCUGCCUCCACCCUCUAGCAGUGGAAGCGAGAGAUAACAUAAGAACAAUAUCUCACCAAGGCAAAAUUAUCGCUUUGCAUUGGAUAAAAGCACACGCAGGGCUGGAAGGUAAUGAAAGGGCGGACGAACUCGCCAAGGGAGCGGCUGCGGACUCCAAACGUAAGCGUGACUACGAUCAAUGUCCGGUAUCAUUCGUGAAGCGAAAUAUCCGUAUGGCCACGCUUGACAAGUGGAAUUGGAGAUACACCACAGGUGAGACAGCAUCGAUAACAAAGCUGUUCUUCCCGGAUGCGGUAGCGGCUUACGGGACAGUCCGAAAAAUUGAAUUCACGAGUCCAGUGACACAAUUAAUGACAGGGCAUGGUGGAUUCUCCGAGUACUUACACAGAUUUAAGUGCAAGGAGAACCCAUCGUGCAUAUGUGAACCCGGCAGACCAGAGAGCAUUCCGCACCUAAUAGCGGAGUGCCCUCAGUUUAGCAUACAAAGGCACGAUACAGAAAAUAAAAUUGGGGAAGAGAUAAAAGUAGAAAAUAUUAGUAAAAUAAUGCAAAACAAGUAUAUUAGAGACACGUUUCUAGAAUAUUGUAAGAAAAUUGUAAAAAUAGUAAUAAAUAGAAAUAAGUAG